AUGUUGAUAAAUAGGAAACAAGAAGGUGGGGGAGGGGGGGUCGUUAAGAACGAGGGACCACAAGCAGUUGGUGAGGGCAACUCUCACGAGUACCAGACAGCGAAUGAACUGUAUGAAAUACUUGCUAAAAGUCAUCCCUUCAAUCCUAACGAUAAAGCAUCACUAACUACUAGAGAUCUAGUUAUUCUUUACAAAAAUAUUGACAUUGGCACAAAGUUGUUAUCCGAUAAUAACAAUGGCUUUAGUAAAAGGAAACCAAAUCAGUACGUAGAAUCUGUAGUAUAUAACGACGAACACGACUCUGAUGGGUCUGAACUGAGCGAGGUGUACAGUAACGAGGAUGUGAGCAACGUGUUCAAGAUAAACGAUGAGAGAAUCAACUUCUUCAACAACAUGACGACCUGCGAUAACACGUUGUGUCAAAAACUUGGUAACAUAAACAUGGAGUCUAAACUUUCAACGGAAUACGAUAAACAUUUUUUGUUCAACGACCCGUAUAUCAAAGAACAAUUGAAAAGUUUUCGUGAAAUUUCAAAAUCUAAGCAUUCUGAUAGUUCGGUCCUGACGACAUCUCUGUUGGAUUAUAUUUGUUGCAGAAGAAUGGACGAGAAUUAUAAUUUUUACAUGGACAACGUUAUACAUUAUGUGAAGCAUAUCAUAGAGCAGUUAACCCGCAUCAGUAACGGUGAUUACUUAACCGAUAGAGUGAAGGAGAAGUGGAAAGAGGUCAGUGAUGAUCCACGAAAUGAGAGACAAAUGUCGAUACUGAAAACUACAAAUAGUAUUCAGUUGCAACGAGAUGAGUUCAAGGGAGUUAAGAGUGUGUGGGAUGAUAUGGUGCAUUCAGAGAUCGACGUCAGAUCCUUGUCCAAGAUUUUAGAGAAAAAGAUUGUUGUAGAAGUGCCUAAACUGUUAAACGGUUCCUUCAAAUUGUUUACUAAAUGCUACAAAAAUAAACUAUUUAUAAGAUGCAAAAAAGAUAAACAGAUAACAAAUAAAGAAAAGAAAGAAGAUUCGCAAUUAGAUGUUGUGUUAAAACUAAAACGUUCAGGAACAGGACAUGUCAUAAGUAAAAUUGAUUCUAUUAUGAUAUUAAAGACGCUUCCUGCUCCGGUUUUAGUGCCAGAUAUCCCGAAAAAAAUGGUCACUUUGCAAAUUGACAAUAUCAGUGGCAAAGACGAAGUUGGAGACAAAGAUAUUAGUGUGGUUGAGGUGGCAGAAGAUAAAGACAGCCCAGAAGAAAACAUACCACCUUAUGAUGGUACAAGAAAAGAAAUUAAAAAGCCUGCCAGCGAGGACUCGAAUUAUGAAAUUUCGAACUUACUGAAUGAGAGUGGCGAUAGUUGCAAUACAAUCAAUACCACAAUCUACAAUGAAAAACCAGGAGCAAAAUUUAAUCUAAUAUGUCCGGAUGAGAUACAUUGUCCGAUGCAAAGAUUUAAUACGCAACUACCGGUUCUGGAAGAAGUUGAUGAUACGUCAACGAAGAGAAAGAAAUCUCCUACAAAAAUUAGAAUAAAAUCGCCCUAUGAAAAUAAAUCCUUCGUGUUGGAGGAGAGAAAACGAAAUAAACUGUUGGAAAUUAGAGAAAAACGUGAAAAGAAAAAAAUGGCGAUUAAUGAUAACUGUAAAAUAAUAAAACAUAGAUACGGAAAAGGUGCCAUAAUGCCACAGUCUGCGAGCUCUGUCACUAAACUAUCGAUUACAAACAAAUCAUUCUAUAAUUCAAUUUACGGUCAAACAUUGAAUACAGAUACUAAGAUUUUCAAAAAAGGUAAGACAGGAAGGGACGGCAGCUUGUCUACACUCGACUUUCAAACGGGAGAAGAAGAAGUUAAGAGAGGCCCCCUGACACCAGAACGAAAUAAUCAGAAAUAUAUAAAUCGAAGUUAUUACUUGGACGACGCGGAGACCGAAGUGAUGUACAUGCAGAUGAAAAAGAAAUGUAUCCCUGAAGAAGCUCAGGGAACUUCUACAUCUUCCACCUCUCAUCAAUCUAAUGAGGCUCCGGAAAAUUUAGUUUUAUUUCAGCAGUUUAUGAAUCAUUCGGCAACAGAAUUUAGUGGCACUGACACCUUCUCCAGUAUACAGCCAAAUGUCAUAAUUGAAGAGGACUUAAACAAUGCAAAUUGCAAAGAACACAGUCACAUAUCAAUAAAAAGUACAAAUUUUACUGUACCCACCAAUACGCCAAAGGAACAGAAAGAUAAAAACGAUGAUGAAAAUAUUCCGGUAUCUCUACAAUGUAGAAAGAGUAUAGAGAAAGUUUAUAACUUGAUAAAGGAACUAAGCAAUACUGACACUUCAAAUGCUAUGGAAAGAAGCAAGUCAAAGGUUGACAUUCAUAACAAGUUAACUGUGAAGAUUAGUUCAACUGUUCAAAAUAGCGAUAGUGGAACAUCGAUCAAACAUCAGCUUACGUCGUCCAGCCCCAGCAGUUUCAGUUUUGAUAAGGCUAAUGUCGAUAAAAAUAAUGGUGAAGUUGAUACCAAUAAAAGUCCGGUCGUGAAAGUAGACCAAACUAUUGUACCGAAGAUUAUAAUAAGUUCGAAGGUUCAGACGGGGAAGGUGGAGAGAGAGAAACUGAGAAAAGAAUCUAAAAGACCUCAACCCGAAGUACCUAGAAACCCCUUAAAAGCUAUAUCUCAAUUACUUCAUGAAUUUGAUCAUGUUCAAAAGACAAGAUACAAAAGUGGUCAAGAAACAAAAUCGCAUAGGAGAUUUGAGACAACAUCGGAUGGAAAAACUAGUUUUCGGCAAUUUCGUAAACCCUUAUAUCAAGAACAUCCAAAAAGUAACGAUCCCGUACUAACAAAAUGUUUGACUCCUACUGAAAGACGAGCACGUUACAGUCCAGGAAAGGAAAUGGUUAAAACAACGUUCAACCAUACCCCAGUGGAAGAAAAGAGUAAUAAAAAGAAAUUAACUGAUUACAUAGACGAAGUCAAAGAAUUAAAUGGGGAGGCUGUACGUGGACCUCCGAAACGAACAUCGAGGCUGAACAGUUUGGCUCAACCGAAGAAGUCUUACGUACAGGCGCAUCAUGAAGAAUAUCAAAGUCGAUAUGGUAGAAAUAUUGUAUCUGAUAGAUUGCAAAAACUAGCUUCUGCACCUAUUCAAGAAAGAAAUGUAGGAACCACGAAUUACAAAGGUAGGCAGAGAAGAGGUUCGGACACUACGACUGCUACGAGCAAACUUAACACCGGACCUUGUUUAGGUGCAAAAUCUAGACGGUCAGCCAGUAGUAGUCCGGACCGCACGGGGAAACGAUCACCCGUGCUCAUCUCACCAUCCUAUAAUUACAGUAAUGUUCCUGAAACAUCAGAGCCAAUAAGGAAAAAAAUGGUAGCUGUAGAGUCAUACGUAAAAAGCCAUUUUGGAAAUGUUUCAUCAGGCCGGGAGCAGAGCGAGGAUCAGAUUCGCAAGUCUAGAGUACCAUUGUUACCGACAGACUUUGAUAUUGCGUCUAUGACAUCAUCUCCAGCAGCAGAUGAAUCGACAGCACUUGGAAAGAAAUUACACUCUAUUAUCGAUUCCAUGAUCUCGAAUCCACCAGCAUUAACUGCACUAGUGGAAUGUAACGAAUCCUCUCUGAAAUUGGAUAAAGAUAUUGAAGGAAUGUCAGCAGGAACAUCCUCCAAGUGUGAGGAAAUCGUGUCAUGUUCAGAUUAUCCCGUGGACGUGUUUGAAGACAGGAAUAUUGUUACGGCUGUGGAAAGCUUCUUAAACAACAAGGACGAUGAAAUGUUGGAGAACGAAGCGAACAAUAAUUAUGAAAAAGACGAUAUUGGCAACUUUAGUUCCAAAAAAGAGAUACAAAUGUUAGAAAACGCUUUGUAUAAGCAGUUAUCAAACGGAUCCUUUCAGAAACGUUUACGAAAUAAAAAUCUAACUCUGACUCCAAAACAAUCUUUACAACAAGUUUUUGUUUUACAAUCUGGUGAUUCCCGAUCUAUGGUAAAGACGACUCUUUCGCAGAAAAUAGAAAUGACAAAAACGGAGACGCUUUCAGAAGUUGCUUUGUUGCCCGAACUUUCGAAGUCUUGUAUUGGAUGGGAGUUCACGCAGUUCCCAAUACAAAUAGCUACAGUAGGAUACGCAUUUACUAAUAUACAACCUGUUAAAUGUACUUCAACGCCAAAGUUUAAACCAGUUGUCGACAAUGUUAAGAAAUGUGAAGAACAUUAUACUACAUGCACUUCGACAUCUACCAAAUCUUUACAAUGUUCUCAAGAUAAUCAAAUACAACGACCGGAGACUAUUCAGCCAAAGAUGAGAAACAGCCCACAACAUGAUGACGAUAAUAAAAAGGAAGAAAUGAGUUUAGAACACGAUGUUAAAACAAUAUCUGUUACAAAAGAACCUCAUGAUAUGAAUGAAAACAAAAAAGGAAUUUGUAAUAACGAAAUUGUUAAAGAAAACGAAAAAGUUGAUAGUAUCGGACAUUCGAGCUCGUUGGAUAUUUUAGUCGGUCUUUUGAAUGAAAUAAAAAAGAUUUCUUCUUGCCAAGCAAAUAUGGUCAGUCUUGAAAACAAAUUUGAUGUCGAUCUUGAGAAGAAAGAAUUGGAAAUAAUAUUAAACAAAGCUGCUGAACAAGAAGCUUUUACUGAUCCAGAACUGAGAAAGAUUAUUUCUAGAACUACUCUUCAGAAUUUAGAACAUCUUGGACUCAAAGCUAGCGAAUACUCUAUAGUAUCAUGCCGUGACAACAUACUAAAAGUAGACAAACGAAUUGCUAGUUCGGAUAUAAAUUUAUCUUAUUUUAAUAAAACUUUGACUGUUGAUAAGGAAAUUAACGUGAAUAUAUUUGAAAAACACUGGGUACACAGAUGUACGGACAUGUCUCAAAUUUUCCCAACUACGGUAAACCAUAGCACUAACGUUACGGAGUCUCUGAUGGAUAUUAUUAAAAAAUCCUCAAAUGAUUCCAUGGACUUAUUUAAGGAUUGCCAAACCUUCAAAACUACUUUCACUGAAAAUUUUAAUUCCCAAAUCCUUGCAGAAGAUUCUAGAAAAUCCGUAUAUUCGAUGACAUGUCGAGAACAGUGUUUUAAGGAUUGUGAAAAAGAAAACUCUGUAGGAAGUAGUGAUUUAAAAUCAGUAGAAUUGGUGCCGAAAAAAUCAUCUAAAGUUUAUAAAAAAAUUAGAAAGAUGUUGCCAAAAGACAACAACAUGAUUAUAACAGAUCUUGACCCAUUGCUCAAAAUGAAAAGAGACAUUUUAGUGACAGUAUAUUCAAUCCUGGUUUUUACUGUGUUCGCGGCUUUAUCUUUUCCUCAAUUUGCGUAUUAG